AUGAGUCAUAUUAGGAUUCGAACGUGCAGAUUAAGUGUAGUAACAGUUGCUGCUACGCUGUUCACUGUCACGUUAAUACUUCAACUAGUAAUCAUCAUAUAUAAUUACUCAUCUGUAGCCAAGAAUGUUCCUAAGUCAAUUGAUAUAGCUUAUGUAAACAUGAUCCCUGGAAAUAUCACAUUAACUCGUGACUGGAGUUUUGAUCCUACUUUUUCAAAAGAACAAUACAAUUUGUCAACAUCUAAUAACACACAUCGGAUAUUCAUAAAUCCUGUCUUUUCUUCUGGUUCUGAUGAUUUGGAGUAUCCAAUGAUGAUAGAUAUGCCAAAACUAGUUGGACAGGUUCUUUCAAACUUGACUGUAACAUCUCGUCCAAUAAAUGACCCAAAAUUUCCAAUACUUAUGAGUGAGCAUCAAAAAUGUAGAAACAUUCUCUUAGAAACAGGAGGAGCUCCAGAACUAAUGAUUCUCAUCAAAUCUGCUCCAUCAAAUUUUCUACGCAGAGAUGCAAUACGCUUAACAUGGGGCAAUGAUCUUUGUUGGGGUGGACGUCGUGUCAUCCAUCUUUUCCUUCUUGGUAAUGUCCCAUCUAAUAAUGAACGUUUAAAAUACAUAUUAAAAAAUGAAUCUUAUGCAUAUCAUGAUAUAAUUCAACAAGAUUUUCUCGAUCACUAUUAUAAUAGUACAUAUAAAAUUAUGUUUGGCAUUAAUUGGGCAGUAAAAUAUUGUUCAAAUGUCCCAAUUAUUAUGUUUGUUGAUGAUGAUUAUUUUAUCUAUCCAAAAAAUGUGGUUGCUUAUAUUGAAGGUUUAAGCACAGAGCUGCGUAAACUUUUGAUCAGUGGUUAUGUCUGGUAUAAUGCAGGACCAGUUCGUAAGAAUAUUGGUAGUCACGAAAAGUGGUUGGUUGAUGAUAAAGAAUAUGCUCCACGUUACUAUCCUCCAUAUGUGGCAGGAGGUAAUUUCUUUUUAUCAAUGGAUUUGGCACGUGAAUUAAAUGUAGCUAUGCGUUAUACAAAAUAUCUUCGGUUUGAUGAUGUCUACCUGGGAAUAAUACUUAAAAAGUUAUUGCAUGUACCAAUGCAUUUAAAAAAAGUUUACACAUUCCACCCUGUAAAUUUAAAUUCAUCUGAGAUAUAUGAAAUGAUUUCUAGUCAUGGUUUUGGCAAAUCUGCUUCACAAUUCUUCUUAUGGGACCGCCUAAAAUGCUCAACAUUUUGUGUACAGUCUCUUGUUUAA